AUGGUCCACAUCAGCGAGGCAAUUAAGAGCGACCAUGAGAAGAUGCAGUCGUACUACAACGCCAUAGUGAGCUCGAAAGACGCAGAUGAGCAAACUCGUAUCCAGAAGGAGUUUAUCUGGGAGCUCACACGCUAUACUGUUAGCGAAGAGCUGGUAGUUCAUCCCGUGAUGGAAGAGUUCCUACCCGAUGGAAUGGCGAUCGCAGACAAGGAUCGUCAUGAACAUUUCACGAUUAAAAAACGACUUGAUGCCUUUCAGAGUCUGCAUAGCUCUGAUCCCCGCUUCCUUCCUACGAUCAAACGCUUGAUGGAUGAUCUGGCCAAAAGCUUUCAUGACGUAGAGACCAUCGAUCUGCCAAAGUUGGAGAAUCACAUUACUUCCGACGAAAGCGAACAGCUGGCAUAUUCUCUGCAACGAGCGAAGGUGUUUGUGCCAUCUAACUCACACCCAAGUGUGCCUACCAAGCCACUUUAUGAGACUGUCGCCGAGCUAAUUACAGCCCCUUUUGAAAACCUCCAGGGUUUGCUCCCUACAUGGUCAGAGGAUGAGCCAGACCCAAAGCCUCCAGAAUGA